UGAGACACUUGCUGGGUCAGUGUGCGUCACUGUGAGUGCGGGUGGCUCCCAGUGCUGGCUGUUUGUGACCUAAGUGAGAUAACACUAUGGCGUCUGCUGGUCUCCAGAUUUUUGGCAUCUUCCUGGCGUCCAUUGGCUUUUUGGGCGACAUCGUCAUCUGUGCCCUCCCCAUGUGGAAGGUCUCUGCCUUCAUUGGGAACAACAUUGUGACAGCGCAGACUUUCUGGGAGGGCCUGUGGAUGACCUGUGUGAAGCAGAGCACAGGCCAGAUGCAGUGCAAGGUCUACGACUCGAUGCUGGCUCUGCCCCGGGAUCUCCAAGCUGCCCGGGCCUUGGUUGUGAUCUCCAUCCUGGUGGUCUUCAUGGGAAUCCUGCUCGCCACUGCGGGGGGGAAGUGCACCAACUGCAUUGACGACGAGGUGGCCAAGAGCAAGGUAGCCAUUACAUCAGGGAUCUUUUUCAUCAUCGGCGGCGUCCUCUGCCUGAUUCCUGUGUCUUGGUCCGCUCAUGUGAUCAUCAGGAACUUCUACAACCCCAUAAUGCCCGACGCACAGAGGAGGGAACUUGGCGCAUCACUGUUCAUCGGCUGGGGCUCAGCAGGUCUCCUGUUCAUCGGUGGCGCUCUCCUCUGCUGUCAGUGCAUGGAGCGCAAAGACCGAGGUUACUCUGUCAAAUACUCUGCCCCACGCUCAGCAGCCAGUGGAGGAGCCUACGUUUAGACACGUUUGCUCCCAAGCGCUUCAUAUCAAACUUUUGUGUUUCAAGAAAGUGAGGAAUUGUUAACUCCUUUUUGUUUUAACUAUUUUUAUUGUUUUAUUCUUUAAUGCUUUAUUAAAUGAAAUCAAACCUUA